GUCGACGAAGUCGAAGAGAUGAAGAGGAAGAGAAAAAGGAAAAGAAUUUCCAUUAUGCUAAGUGGUUUUGGAUUCUUCUCUGGUCAUCAGCACGAUUUUGAGAUGAUAAACUCAAUCUCAUAAAUCGUUAAUAAAUCAACCUCAAAAAUCUGUCUGAUUCAUCUCUCCGAUCAAGAUAUAUUCAAACAGGGAAUCAUCAAGGCGAUCUAGGAGACGAAGCAAGAGUACUUGGUAUAUCUUGAACCUCUUCUGAGGUUAACACAAAUAGUUGGUUUGAUGAUUUGAUUCGUACUAUAAGAGUUCACUUAUUGGAUGGUACUAUAAGCGGAGUGCUAUUGUUGGAGAUGGAAUGGGGACUAUGGUGGCAAGUGACGUAUACGAAGGAACCCGAGAGGCGAAAGUGGAAGAUCUUACUGUAAUUAGAAAAACAAUCAAACCUCUAGAAGAAUCAGGGGCUUUAGUUUGCAGAAUUGAUGAAUAGGUUUGCCUUUUAGCCCAUAGCCUUAGCCUUAUGUUCUAAGCCUAUUGCUUUGUUGUUACGAUUAAAGGAAUAAUUGGUACUAGAAGCGAUGAACUGCUCAAGAAAAUCAGGUUCAUCCAAUCGGACACCUUAAGUAUGGUGCAAGGCUCAAUGACUGCAGGUUGCACAACCUCUGAGGCGAGCAACGAAGCGGUUAGGAUUUGUUGUGAUGGCUUAGUCGAAAGGCUAUUACCCGUCAAGACUGCUUUGGUGGAGCAAACAGGACCUGUGACUUGGGAUAACCUCAUCAGGCUUAUCUGCAAUCGUUAAACAUGCCGGUUAGUAGCUUAUACUUGCCGGACGACUCCACUGGCGAAUAUAUUAACUAUGGAGUUGGAGCGAGCGAGGUUGAAAUAAAUGUUUUGACGGGUGAAACAACGAUUCUGCGCACGGAUAUUAUCUAUGAUUGUGGGAAGAGUCUCAAUCCCGCUGUUGAUUUAGGACAGAUUGAAGGAGCAUUUGUUCAAGGACUUGGGUUCUUCAUGCUUGAAGAGCUCCUAAUGAACUCAGACGGUCUCGUGGUAACAGACAGCACAUGGACUUACAAGAUCCCAACGGUCGAUACAAUCCCAAGACAGUUCAAUGUGGAGAUUCUCAACAGUGGACAACACAAGAAUCGUGUUCUUUCAUCCAAAUCUUCGGGUGAACCACCACUGCUUUUAGCGGCUUCUGUUCACUGCGCGGUACGAGCAGCUGUUAAAGAAGCCAGGAAACAUAUUCUGACAUGGAACAGUAACCAGGAAGGGACUGAUACGUACUUUGAAUUGCCUGUUCCAGCAACAAUGUCUGUUGUGAAGGAGUUUUGUGGGCUCGAUGUUGUCGAGAAAUACUUGGGAUAGAAAAUCCAACAGAGGAAGAACAUUUGAUAUAGCUUGUGUUUGUGAUUGUGAUGUGAAUGUAAUUGCUCUGUAUGUGUUUACUUUGUAAGUGCUUGCAACAAUGUGAUGUGCCACUAAAGCAAAGUUCAAAAAUAAGAAAUUUUUAAUUUUCUUUA